AAUAAUAAAUUGGAAAAGUUAGGCAGCAAAAACAUGAGCUCAAAAGCCAGGUAGAGUGAGAUAACAAAGAGAGAGAAAGAUAGAGAGGGAGAGAGAGAGAGAGAGAGAGAGAGAGACGGAAGGGAGGUAGGGAGAGAGGGAGAGAGGUUUGUUCAUAAAGUUAGGAAUUUUGCAAAUGUCACAAGAUUCUCAGGAGAUAAAGACGAUUGAGCAGUGGAGAUGGUCCGAAAUGCAAGGCCUUGAGCUCGUGUCAGCUCCUGCUCCUGCUCUUCCUGACCCAUUUAAAACCAACAACAACCACCCAUCACCAACGCCAACACAACAACCUACAACACCAUUAGCCACACCCCCGAGAGUGGAACAACAAGACCAAGAAGAAGCUCAAAAGCCUCCUAGCAGAGCACACAGAACAGAAGCAAUGGAGAGCUCCGAACCCACAAGGGACGCCGGCGGUGGUGGUGGUAGUGGUGGAACUAGUAGUGGCAGUGGGGAAAAGCCCGAGGUUUUUCCUGCAGUUGGGUUUGGAGAGCUUUUCAGAUUCGCUGAUGGGUUGGAUUAUGUUCUCAUGACAAUUGGGUCGCUUGGAGCAAUUGUACAUGGCUGCUCUUUGCCUCUGUUUCUUCGCUUCUUCGCCGAUCUCGUUAAUUCGUUCGGUUCCAAUGCCAAUAAUAUGGAUAAGAUGAUGCAUGAAGUUUUGAAGUAUGCCUUUUAUUUUCUUGUGGUUGGAGCUGCAAUAUGGGCGUCCUCAUGGGCCGAAAUAUCAUGUUGGAUGUGGACCGGAGAACGGCAAUCGACGAAGAUGAGGAUCAAAUUCCUUGAAGCCGCUUUGAACCAGGACAUUCAGUACUUCGAUACAGAGGUCCGAACCUCCGACGUUGUUUUCGCCAUUAAUACCGACGCAGUGAUGGUCCAAGACGCCAUUAGCGAGAAGUUGGGGAAUUUCAUUCACUAUAUGGCUACUUUUGUAUCCGGUUUCGUGGUGGGUUUUACUGCAGUGUGGCAAUUAGCUCUGGUAACACUUGCUGUUGUUCCUCUCAUCGCCGUAAUUGGAGGCACCCUUACUGCCACAUUAGCUAAGCUCUCUGCCAAGAGCCAGGAUGCUCUGUCUAAGGCAGGAAACGUUGUCGAACAGACGGUGGUUCAAAUUCGUGUUGUGUACGCGUUCGUCGGAGAAUCAAGAGCAUUACAAGCCUAUUCCUCAGCUUUGAAGGUUGCUCAGAGAAUUGGUUACAAGAGCGGAUUUGCAAAGGGAGCUGGACUUGGCGCAACUUACUUUGUGGUUUUCUGCUGCUAUGCGCUUCUUCUCUGGUAUGGGGGUUAUCUGGUUAGGCACCACUACACCAAUGGAGGACUUGCUCUAGCCACCAUGUUCGCUGUCAUGAUUGGUGGGCUUGCCUUGGGUCAGUCUGCCCCAAGCAUGGGUGCAUUUGCCAAGGCUAGAGUUGCAGCUGCUAAAAUUCACCGUAUAAUUGAUCACAAACCGGGCAUAGACCGAAACAGUGAAUCAGGCACCGAACUAGAGUCCGUAACUGGAUUAGUGGAGCUAAAAAAUGUGGACUUUGCCUACCCGUCGAGGCCGGAGGUUCGGAUCCUUAACAAUUUCACUUUGAAUGUACCGGCCGGAAAGACCAUAGCUUUGGUUGGCAGCAGUGGCUCUGGUAAGAGCACUGUUGUCUCCCUUAUUGAGAGAUUCUAUGACCCUAUCUCAGGAGAAGUUCUGCUUGAUGGGCAUGACAUAAAGACAUUAAAACUGAGAUGGCUAAGGCAGCAAAUUGGUCUUGUGAGCCAAGAACCUGCUCUGUUUGCUACCACCAUCAAGGAAAACAUACUCUUGGGUAGGCCUGAUGCAGACCAAGUGGAAAUUGAAGAAGCUGCAAGAGUUGCAAAUGCUCAUUCAUUUAUUAUCAAGCUUACUGAAGGCUUUGACACUCAGGUAGGAGAGAGAGGAUUGCAGCUUUCAGGAGGACAGAAGCAGAGGAUAGCUAUAGCAAGGGCUAUGCUAAAAAACCCAGCAAUUCUUCUCUUAGAUGAGGCAACAAGUGCAUUGGACUCUGAGUCAGAGAAGUUGGUGCAAGAGGCUCUUGACAGAUUCAUGAUUGGAAGGACAACUCUUGUCAUUGCUCAUCGUCUCUCAACCAUUCGAAAGGCUGACCUCGUAGCUGUACUCCACCAGGGGACUGUUUCUGAAAUUGGAACCCAUGAUGAACUCAUUUCUAAAGGUGAAAAUGGUAUGUAUGCCAAGCUCAUACGAAUGCAGGAGAUGGCACAUGAAACUGCUCUCAACAAUGCCAGAAAGAGUAGUGCAAGGCCCUCUAGUGCCAGAAACUCUGUGAGCUCACCAAUAAUUGCCCGAAAUUCCUCAUAUGGUCGAUCACCAUACUCACGCCGUCUAUCUGACUUCUCAACCUCUGAUUUUAGCCUCUCCCUUGAUGCCUCAUACCCAAACUACCGCCUCGAAAAGCUUGGUUUCAAAGAGCAAGCUAGUUCUUUCUGGCGGCUUGCAAAAAUGAAUUCUCCUGAAUGGGUAUAUGCUUUGGUUGGUUCAAUUGGUUCUGUUGUUUGUGGUUCCCUUAGUGCCUUCUUUGCAUAUGUUUUAAGUGCAGUCCUUAGCAUCUACUACAAUCCCAAUCAUGCUUACAUGAGCAGAGAAAUUGAAAAGUACUGUUAUUUGUUAAUUGGGCUUUCAUCGGCUGCACUUCUUUUCAACACACUUCAGCAUUUCUUCUGGGAUAUAGUGGGAGAGAACCUUACGAAACGGGUGAGGGAGAAAAUGUUGGGAGCAGUGUUGAAAAAUGAAAUGGCAUGGUUUGACCAGGAGGAAAAUGAGAGUGCUAGGAUUGCAGCAAGGCUAGCUCUUGAUGCCAACAAUGUCAGAUCUGCCAUUGGGGACAGGAUUUCAGUGAUUGUGCAGAACACAGCUCUCAUGUUAGUUGCUUGCACUGCUGGGUUUGUUCUGCAGUGGCGCCUUGCACUUGUUCUCAUCGCCGUCUUCCCUGUGGUUGUCGCUGCCACAGUUUUGCAGAAAAUGUUUAUGAAUGGAUUCUCUGGAGACCUUGAGGCUGCUCAUGGCAAGGCCACACAACUAGCUGGGGAGGCCAUAGCAAAUGUAAGGACUGUUGCUGCCUUCAAUUCAGAGGGAAAGAUAGUCGGUCUUUUCGCCUCCAACCUUCAGGCUCCCCUUCGCCGCUGCUUUUGGAAGGGUCAGAUUGCUGGAAGUGGCUUUGGGAUAGCUCAGUUCUCACUUUAUGCUUCCUAUGCUCUAGGUCUUUGGUAUGCCUCAUGGCUUGUAAAACAUGGGAUCUCUGAUUUCUCCAAAACUAUAAGAGUUUUCAUGGUCCUCAUGGUAUCUGCCAAUGGUGCGGCCGAAACACUAACCCUGGCUCCUGACUUCAUCAAAGGUGGUCGAGCCAUGCGAUCGGUCUUUGAACUCCUUGACCGCAAAACUGAAAUCGAACCUGAUGAUCCAGAUGCGACCACAGUUCCUGACCGCCUGCGUGGUGAAGUUGAAUUCAAGCACAUAGACUUCUCUUAUCCUACUCGCCCCGAUGUCCCUGUUUUCCGUGACCUCUCUCUGCGUGCUCGAGCAGGAAAAACUCUUGCACUUGUUGGUCCUAGUGGAUGUGGCAAGAGCUCAGUUAUAUCAUUGGUACAGCGAUUCUAUGACCCAACAUCAGGACGGAUUAUGAUUGAUGGAAAGGAUAUUCGGAAAUACAAUCUCAAAUCCCUCAGAAGGCACAUUGCUGUGGUUCCUCAGGAACCGUGCCUUUUUGCUACUUCCAUUUAUGAGAACAUUGCUUAUGGUCAUGAGUCAGCAUCUGAGGCCGAAAUCAUAGAAGCUGCAACUUUAGCUAAUGCUCACAAGUUCAUUUCUGGAUUGCCUGAUGGAUAUAAAACAUUUGUUGGGGAGAGAGGAGUUCAAUUAUCUGGAGGACAGAAACAAAGAAUUGCAAUUGCUCGUGCUUUAGUAAGGAAGGCAGAGCUUAUGCUGCUUGAUGAGGCAACAAGUGCACUCGAUGCUGAGUCUGAAAGAUCUGUUCAGGAGGCUCUAGAGCGCGCAUGUUCUGGGAAAACUACGAUUGUCGUAGCACACAGAUUGUCAACCAUUCGGAAUGCACAUAUCAUUGCAGUGAUUGAUGAUGAGAAGGUGGCAGAGCAAGGAUCGCACUCCCAUCUUCUAAAAAAUUACCCUGAUGGGUGUUAUGCACGAAUGAUACAGCUGCAAAGGUUCACACAUAGCCAAGUCAUUGGAAUGGCUUCAGGUUCAACUUCUUCAGCAAAACCUAGAGAAGAUGAGGACAGAGAAAGCAAGUAAUUAAGGUGAAAAAGAAAUACAAGUAAAGAGGAGUAUAUCCCAUAUACCCCCUUGUUAUUUUUUUGGCUUUUUUUUUUUCUUUUUUUCUUUUUUUUUUUUUUGUUUUGUUUUGGUUUUUCACUAUUUUGGUAUAGUAUGUUUAUUAUCCUUUUUUUUCUUUUUUACCACAUAUGUUCUAUCUUUACGAAUCUUCUUCUGGAAAAAAUGAUAAUGACCAAUACUUGAGAUUGAAGUAGAUAAUAACACGUAGAUAUUAACACCUCUCUUUGCAUUAUGUUUUGUCUCGCCCCAUGCUUUAAAUAUAGUAUAAUGUGGAUGUAAAGAUACCCAAUAUUCGGUCAUAAAUGAGAAAAAAUUGCUAUCCAGACAGGCACUUUCCAACAUGGUACACAGCUUGGCCUGUGAAAGUGAAAACCUAAAAUGUGUCAGAAUCCAAACUUCCAAUUGCCCUUUAAAACGUGCAUGGACCAUUAGAUAUCCACAUAGAAAUGUCCCUGUAAUUCCACUAUCAUGGCGAUAAAGUGUGUUAGAAUUCCAUCGCUUUCAAACACUGAUUGCAUGGAAAUGGUGGCCGAAUAUCAUGUUGGACUGCUGACUAAAUGUUAUGCAUCACGGUGGGAAACUUUAACAACAUGAUUGAUUUCAAGGCAAAGUUGAAACGGCCUGGUCUUGAUCAUGACGAUGAUCCAUUGAUCUUGAUCUCAAAUGGGUAAUGCAUAUUUAUAUUUAUGAGAGAGAGAGGUUUUGUGGGGAACGACACUAUUGAGUGAAAAGUUCACGUGGUGGUUGCACAUGUGCAUAAGUUAUAAAGACAGAGCAAUGGGGGGAAGAUAAUUGAAUAAAGAUGAAAACGGACAGAGACCCAAGAGGUGGAGAGAAUUGAAGACGACAAACCAGUGGCUCUGGUGAUGGACAAAGCAUGAUCGAAAAGGGUGGGUUAAAAUGGUUUGGAAAAUGACAUGGAGAUUAUGGUGUUUGAUUUAGGGGGUGCCGUGGAAGCAAGUGGGUCACACCUAAUCUCUUUGUUCCUCAUAAAGUAAAAAUACCAAGGAUGUCAGUCAUUGGCCACCAUUGGCUUAAUGGUUUUUUCAUCUUGUGUGUUGUGACCAGCCUCAUCCUUGUUUUGUAAUAUGCCAAUAUCUUUGGAGAAUUGGAGCCUCAUUAUUUUCUUGUUUAGAAUAAAAAUAAAAAAAUAAAAAAAAUUACUUAUUUAUAAUGGAAAAAAUGCAAAAGAUGAAAACCAAGUAGAUAAAACAGGAGUGCCUGAAGCAUACGAUUAUAUCAUCCCGCUACAAACAAUGUAAUUAAGAACUUGGACCAAAAAUAGCCCCCCAAAAAAAAAGAAAAAAAGCGGAUUCUGAGGUAAACCAAAAAUUGAGAACUUCACAAAUAAUAGUAAUAAUAAUAAACAACGGACUAACCCAAAACAAUAAAAUAAAUAAUUGAAUGAAUAAAUUAUAUGUCAAACUAAAAGAUUUUUACAUUUUAGAAGUCAAGACAAAAGCAGCGGCAACAGGUUAGAUGAAACAAACCAAGAGAGAACAUUAUAAGAGCAGAGUAACGCGCAAGGCACUGAUCCUUAAAACGAUGGGAAAAACAGAAACUUAUGAAAGCUUCUAUGUUGGCCCGUCAGUCAUCUUUGUGAUGUUAUGGCUUUAAGUUACCUUGGUGGUCCGGCUAGAAACAAUGACAUGAUCGUUGAUAGAUAAAAGUGUAAGUUACACGUCAAAGAAAAACACGCAAUUGUGACUUUCGAUUCUAUACCGUACCAUCAUCACAUUUAUCGCACCACUCACAUCAUCAACUAUAAUUCACCAAAAAAAUAAUAAUAAUAAUAAACGAAUAAAAUUCAAAUAUUAACUUCUGCAAUAUCAUUACUUUUUUUUAGGCUCAUAUUGUUUGUUAAGAUCAAUUUAAUAUGACAACAAUUAGGUGUCCUCUCUCCUCGGCACAUUUUUAUAAUUAAAAUUGAUUUUUUUUUAAUAAAUAUUUCUUUUAACUAUGUUGCAUAAAUAUUUCUUUCAAAAAAAUUAGUAACCUACACUGCAUAUCAAAUUUAAAUACCCUCAUCAAUUUGUCAACAACUAGGUGUCCUCUCUCCUCGGCACAUUUUUAUAAUUAAAAUUGAUUUUUUUUUAAUAAAUAUUUCUUUUAACUAUGUUGCAUAAAUAUUUCUUUCCAAAAAAUUAGUAACCUACACUGCAUAUCAAAUUUAAAUACCCUCAUCAAUUUGUCAACAACUAGGUGUCCUCUCUCCUCGGCACAUUUUUAUAAUUAAAAUUGAUUUUUUUUUAAUAAAUAUUUCUUUUAACUAUGUUGCAUAAAUAUUUCUUUCCAAAAAAUUAGUAACCUACACUGCAUAUCAAAUUUAAAUACCCUCAUCAAUUUGUCAACAACUAGGUGUCCUCUCUCCUCGGCACAUUUUUAUAAUUAAAAUUGAUUUUUUUUUUAAUAAAUAUUUCUUUUAACUAUGUUGCAUAAAUAUUUCCUUCCAAAAAAUUAGUAACCUACACUGCAUAUCAAAUUUAAAUACCCUCAUCAAUUUGUCAACAACUAACCGCAAAACUAUCCAAUGAUAAAAUUUAAAUUUAAGUAUGUGUCAUUUUGGGCCUUUCUUAUUAUGGGACCAAUCAAAAGCUUUUGGGGGAAUUUCGCCCAAUAGCCCUGUUUGAAUGAGGCUAAUAAAAUCUACCCACGUUGUCUUAAAAUUUUUUGUUUUACCUUCUUACUUUUUGAUAUUCCUAAAUUAUCCUUAGAAAUAAAAAUUAAAAUGAGAAGCUAUUGCAUUUUUUUUCUGAAAGCGGAGUACGAAGAAAAAGAGGAAGAGAAAAAGCGGAAGAGAAAGUGAGAGAGAACGGUGAAACGGCUUGGGACGAACGGAGAGUUCUUCAAGAAUAGUAAUCGGAUCAACUUUUCUUCUCUUUGUUUUUAUUUUUCCUUUUGUUUUCGAAACCAUCAAUUCAUAAGAAUAUAUAAAACGAAAAUAAUAUACAUGAUCAGUAAUCACCGACAUGGUUGAAAGCCUAGUAAUCAGACAACUGGCCUCUUUCCUUUAAAUGAUUCAACUUCGGAAGGCCAAAAAUCAAAUUGCAAAGCAAAAGAUCCACAGCCGAAAGUAAAAGCAAAACUGUGGUAGCAGGAACUAUUGAGCAAUGUCAAUUUUUCCAUUGUUGUAUCCCAGUUGUUGCUCCAUCUCCCAUUCGGUUCAGUUUAUCCUAUUUGGCUUUUAAAGUUGUGGAUCGGCUCAUUACUCAUUGCAACCAAAGUUACAAAAGAAUCGGUGGGCAUAGUAAGUAGACCCAAAAAAAAAAAGCCCCAGCCAAUGGUUUUUAUUUAUUUAUUUCUUUUUUUUUUUUUACUCGAAUUUUCUAGUAAAAAAUGAAAGAAAAAUUGCUCUCCAGAACCCCCAAAAAAAAAAACGGAAAAAAAAAGAAAAAAUUUGUUGCUUAUCUUCUGGUCUGCCAAAAAAAAAAAAAAAAAAGAAAAAAAAAGAAAAAAAAAAAGCUAGACCUUUGUUAUUGGGAUUUGAUAGUUCCAAACAUUGGUAAAUUCUUGAGCUCCCAUGCGACUCUUUCUUGGCUUUCAAGAGAAAUUAAUUACAUUUUUCAUUAGUUUUUUAUCUUCAAAGUUCAAUGGGAUUGUGUAUGGGUUUGGGAAGAAGAAAGAAGGAAAGCAUUGCAGGGAUUGUGCUUCUCGGGGAAGGAGGAAAGAAAAAAGUAAUAUUUUAUUUUAAUGAAGGGUAAAAUAGGAACAGAAGGGCAGAUAUAAAAAAUUUGAAAGAGAAGGGGCAUAUUUCAUUAGCCACCUAUUUUGGUGCCUAAUUAUAUAUGGAUGAUAUUGGAAGAAAUACCAUAAGUUGAUAAGUACAGCCCAGAAUUCAGCCCAAAAAAAGACAGGUAGAGCCCAGAUUCUUCUACAACAGUAAAAACAAAAAAACCAAAAAACAAAAA